AUGCUCUAAACCAACGGCAGGGCAAACAAACGAAGGUUCAUCUUCCCUCCCAAAAAGCCCACCAAGCCAACCCUGCCCUCAAUACCAGUACUAACCCAAAAUCCCCCGAGCCGCAGAAGAGAGAAAAACCUAACCAUCCCACCUACACUAAGUUAUCAUUAAUCGAAUAAAACCCUUCACAUCCAUUGAAAUCCUUCCCACCACCCACUCGCUAACAAACCCUAACUAAUCCUUUUUCCUUUCCAUACUUCCCUUCUCUCCCUCUCUUCCCCCUGGUGGAAUUCACUGAUCCUCAUCCACAACCCAAUUGAGGACACAGCAAACAAAGGAAAAAGCAAACAUGAGUAUCCUACGACCGACCCCCCCAGACACCCGAUUACACUCGGAAUUGAAGACUACGGCGGCGGAUAACCUUCCCACGAGCAGAGAACUCGGAGUAGUAGUCCCGGCACCGGGAUCCAGAGAAGCAAUUCGAAAAGCUGAGCGGAAACCAUGGGCGCAUUUUGUUGCCGGGGCGUAAGUUUUUCCCUUUUUUUUUCUUCUUCGUUUACAUUUCCCUAUUUGCCCCACUACGACCCCGCCAUGCCGUACCCCCCAAAAAAGCAGGAUCGCUAAUGCUCAGGAUUUUCCGGAGAUAGGGUGGGAGGAAUGACGUCCACGUUUUUAACAUCACCGUUAGAUGUAGUCAAAACGAGACUUCAGAGCGACUUUUACAAGCAGCAGUUAGCGAAUGCCAGAGCAGCUGCGGGUCCCAAUAUACACCGAGGGGGAGUACUCAGACAGGGUGCUAGACAUUUCCAGGAGACCUUUCAGAUACUCUUGUACGUCAUACCGCUCGUCCAGAAGUGCUCGAUUUGACUCAAUUCCUAAUAUAUCUACCCGUUCAAUAGCGACGUACAUAAAGUUGAAGGGUGGCGCGCGCUUUUUAAAGGCUUGGGGCCAAACCUGAGCGGCGUUGUCCCUGCAAGGUACUAUGCCUCCCCGUUCAGAAUGGCUCCCUAAGUUAACAAUAUCCACCUCCAGAGCAAUAAACUUUGCAACCUAUGGAAAUGGCAAACGCAUAAUAGCAAACAGCUUUAACAAUGGCCAAGAAUCCACGUGGGUCCAUCUCUGCGCAGCAGCCUGCGCCGGCAUCGUAACAGGCACCGCAACAAACCCCAUCUGGCUCGUUAAGACCCGGCUCCAGCUCGACAAAGAAAACGCGGGCGUGGACGGGCGCGCAAGGCAAUAUAAAAACUCUCUCGACUGCGUCCGACAAGUCCUCCGCGGGGAAGGCUUCCGUGGCUUAUAUAAGGGAUUAUCAGCGAGCUACCUCGGCGUGACGGAGAGUACGCUGCAGUGGGUGUUAUACGAGAAAAUGAAGGCCUACCUUGCCGCUAGGAAGGAGAAGAUUGUGAUCAGCGGGCGGCCAGAAACGUCUUGGGAUAACUUUGUGGAUUGGAGCGGGAAGCUGGGGGCUGCUGGGUCGGCGAAGUUGCUUGCGGCGAUUUUGACGUAUCCGCAUGAAGUUGUGAGGACCAGGUUGAGGCAGAGGCCUGUUGAUGGGGGGAAACCAAAAUAUACGGGACUUGUGCAGUGUUUCAGGCUUAUGUGGAAGGAGGAGGGAUUUGUGUCGAUGUACGGGGGGUUGAGUCCGCAUUUGGUGGGGGUUUCCCUAUAUUCAAUUAGCUUUCUGAUUGCCAGACUUUUUACUGACUGGUGGCGAAUCUAUAGCUCCGAGUCGUACCCUCCGCUGCCAUCACGUUUGGAAUGUACGAAACGAUGCUUAGAAUAUUCGGCGAAUUAGCUUAAACCUUACUAUCCUCGCCCCACUCUCAACCAAACUCAGCCCAACCCUGUCCAACUACCUACCAACUAAUCAAUAACUUGCCACGUACCACUACUGCUACUGCUACUGCUACUGCUACUGCUACUGCUACUGCUACUGCUACGACUACAAACCUCUAUCCAGGCCACCGUCUCACCAUCAUUGUCAUUAUCAUCAUCAUUACCACCACCACCACCGCUGCCGCUGCUCUGCUACCUCUACUGCUACAUAGAUCCCAUUUCCUGCCUUUUCAAUAACCACAGCCGAUCAAACACACCAAUUGGCGCCCAACCCCUGGCGGUAUGUUAAAAAAAAAAGGCUUCGGGAGUGGGGGAAUUCCUUAUACAAGUAAAACAAAAUCUCUCUCGAAGGGGAAAAAAAAGACACCAAUCUGUAUAUAAAACCUAGCUGCGGUAUAGUUUUUUUCUUUCAACGGCACAUAGGAGUUCUGGCAUCACCACCGUCACCAUAAUCAUGUUUUUCUUUCGGGAAAGAGGAAAAAGAAGACGACGGUUUAGGACAAAUAAAAUCACCCCACUUUUUCACCAGUUACGCAUAGGCCGUAUGAUACUCAAGCCGCCGGAUUGAACUGGAGUUGCGUUUGUCUUGGUGGUAGGGGUCCAAUCCGGCGACUUGUGUAUAAAGCCAGAAAAAAGAAAGAGGGUAGAAUAAAAGGAAGGAUAGGCCGAACUGAAUCUACUACUGUAUGAUAUUAUCAUAAUUUCACUUGUAUUAUAAAAUU